AUGGAAGGAAAAGCCGAGCUCCACCCGGGCAGGCGGGCGGCCUCUGGGCCCCCGGGGCAGGAACCCAAGCCCACUGGUGUGUCGGACCGAGGGCCAGAUGUUCAGCUGGCGGAGGCAUCGGCUGGGGGAGGGGUGCUGAGGCCGCAGCCGGCACUACUUCCCUGCCAGCAGCUUCAUUGUGUGCGCGAGGAGCGAGCGGCGGCGGGAGCGGGCGGGCAGGCGGCAGCGCGAGCGCGGCGGAGAGAGCGAGCGCGCCGGGGAGGGUGCGAGGCGGCGCCCGCGGUUGCGCUCCGCCCGCUCCCAGCAACUCUACCCUGGCGCCGUGCGCGCCGUCCUGCCGCCGCCGGGUGCCGUAGCGGGAAGGGGUUCGGCGGGGACAAGGGUCUCAAGCCCCGGCACUGGGGCAUCCCCGGCGCCUCCGAGAGGCGCAGAUCCUGCGGGGGCGCAAACUGCGCUGCAGCCCUCGCUCCUGAACGGUGUGGGCACGCGGGCGGCGAGGCUUCUGGGCGCCCCGAGGGCAGGGCGCCUCCCACUUCUCCGGGGGAGCCCCUAGCCCUAGGGUCGCACAGAGCGAGCCUGCCCCAGCCACGCUGGACCUCGCGCUCAUCCCCCGCGUACCCCUCUUCUGCACAAACUUUUCCGACGCCCUCGCCCGGGAGGGUGGCGGGGAGUGCAGGGGCUGCCCUCUAG